AUGAUUAUACCGCUCGGUGCUAAGGGAGCGGAAUGUGUGAUUGUGUCGCCAGGGGACGCGUUGUAGUGAGCAACAAAAAGGGAUUCGUUUAUGGACAUUUAGCAUUGCAGUGAACCGACGACGCACAAUAAAAUGAGUCUCUUGCACUGCUGCGCUAUAGUUUUAGUGUUCCCUUUAGUGCUUGCUUCAGAUUUUCAAGAGCGCGCGAGUCUCACGGGCAAUGCACAACAAAUAUUUGUGAAGAACCCAAAAUUAAGUAGUGUCCGUAAUAUCAAAGAGAGAUCGCCGGAGAAGUUGCACGUCUCAGAAGGACACCACAAAGUUAACAGGAGAAGCGCCGAUCCCGGAGGAGACGCAUGCAAAGCUCUUCAUGGAUAUGAUUCGAGGCUAACCAACAACACACACACAUAUGUCUUCAAUGACCUGAGUGGCUCGGUGUCACUGGCCUGGGUGGGGGACGGCACAGGGGUCGUGCUGGCCCUGACGACAUUCCAGGUGCCCUUUUUCAUGCUGAGGUUUGGCCAGUCCAAGCUGUACAGAAGUGAGAACUACGGGAAGUCUUUCCAGGAUGUUACAAACCUUAUCAACAACACCUUCAUCCGCACUGAAUAUGGCAUUGCCAUCGGACCGGAGAAUUCUGGGAAGGUGAUCCUCACAGGCGACGUGUCGGGGAACAAGGGGUCCCGGAUCUUCCGCUCGAUGGAUUUCGGGAACAGCUUCAUGCACUCGGACCUGCCCUUCCACCCGCUGAUGCAGAUCAGCUACAACCCCCGCGACGCCAACGUGCUCCUGGUCAUCAGCAUCACGUAUGACCUGUGGGUGUCCGUGGACUUUGGUGAAAACUGGAAGAAGAUCCACGACAUGGUGUGCCUGGUGAAAUGGGGCACGGACAACACCAUCUUCUUCACCACCAACCCCAACGGAUCCUGCAGUGACAGGGGCAUGCUGGAGCUGAGGAAGACCUCGGACUACGGGCGGACCUUGAAGACUAUCGGCACCAAGAUCUACUCCUUCGGGCUGGGCGGGCGCUUCGUCUUCGCCUCUGUCAUGACCGGCAAGGGUACCCUGCGCAUGAUCCACGUCUCGGUGGACCAGGGCGAGACAUGGAACAUGGCCCAGCUGCCCCCUGUGGGACACGAGCAGUUCUACUCCAUCUUGGCGGCCAGUGAUGACAUGGUCUUCAUGCAUGUGGACGAGCCAGGCGACACGGGGUUCGGCACCAUCUUCGUAUCGGACGACCGCGGCACCGUCUACUCCAAGUCCCUGGAGCGCCACCUCUACACCACCACGGGGGGCGACACCGACUUCACCAAUGUCACCUCGCUGCGGGGCGUCUACAUGACCAGCGUCCUGGCCGAAGACGGCUCGGCACAGACGGUCGUGACCUUUGACCAGGGCGGGGAGUGGAGGCGCCUGCAGAAGCCGAGGAACGGGAAGUGCGACUCUACAGCCAAACACCCCGAGACGUGCAGCCUCCAUAUCCACGCCUCCUACAGCACCUCCAUGAAGCUGAACGUCCCCAUGCUGCCGCUGACUGAGCCCAACGCUGUGGGUCUCAUCCUGGCCCACGGGAGUGUCGGUGACGCUGUCUCUGUGAUGGCACCCGACGUGUAUGUGUCCGAUGACGGGGGCUACUCCUGGCUCCGAGCCCUCAAGGGCCCCCACCACUACGCCAUUCUGGACUCAGGGGGGCUGCUGGUGGCAGUGGAACACACCCCCUCACAGCCUAUCUCUCAGAUCAAAUUCUCCACGGACGAGGGGCAGUGCUGGCACGUCUUCAACUUCACCAACGACCCGCUCUUCUUCACGGGGCUGGCCUCGGAGCCCGGGGCCCGCUCCAUGAAUGUCAGCAUCUGGGGCUACCGCGAGUCCCUCCUCAGCCAGUUCUGGGUGUCCAUCACCAUCGACUUCAAGGAGCUGCUCACCCGCGACUGCGGCGAGAACGACUAUGUGCAGUGGCUGGCACACUCUGAUGACAUCAGCGACCCCAGCGACGGCUGCAUGCUGGGCUACAAGGAGAAGUUCCUGCGGAUGCGCAAGGACUCCGUGUGCUGGAACGGCCGCGACUACGUCGUCAACAAGGAGCCCACGCCGUGCCCCUGCACGCUGGACGACUUCCUGUGUGAUUUCGGGUACUACCGUGCGGAGAACAGCUCGGAGUGUGUGGAACAGCCUGACCUGAAGGGCCACGUCCUGGAGUUCUGUCUACAUGGGAAGAAGGAGCAGCUGCAGACCAGCGGCUACCGGAAGAUUCCAGGAGACAAGUGUGAGGGAGGGACGAUGCCGGAGCGCAAGGAGAUCGACCUCAGCAAGAACUGCGUCAGUAACCUGCUGGGGCCAGAGCUGCUGACGGAGGCCCACUCUUUCAGUUCUGUACCCAUUGUGGCGGUGGUCAUCGCCAUCCUGCUGAUCAGCGUGGUGGCGGGCGUGGUCUUUGUCAAGAAAUACGUCUGCGGUGGGAGGUUCCUGGUGCACAGAUACUCUGUGCUGCGACAGCACGCCGAGGCCAACGGGAUCGAGGGGGUGGACGAGCUGGACAGCCAUGCCGCAGAGCCCGGCAAGAGGGAAUACCAUGACGACUCUGAUGAGGACCUGCUGGAGUGAGAGCAAGAGAGUCAGAGAGACCAGCCACCACUUGGAGGGACAAACCGGGACGACCCCACCCCCCAAAACCACCCCACCGCCCCUUCAGAACCUCCCUGCAAACCAUGCCCCCACCCCCGCGGUAACCAACUCUACAGCUGCUUUCUGUGCCUCCAUCCUCUCUCGCCAUGGAAACCUCUGGCAGCUCUACCUGUGGGGGGUGGGGGGGGUGAAGGACCACUGAUCAUUCUUACUGCUCUUACCACCACGAUGUCUAUCGAUUUGUCUUAAAACUCUGGGAGAAAGAGACCCGGCCAGAAGGUGACAAAGCUGGGGAACAAGAGGAACGUGUUGACAGACUCUUGGGCCUGGCCGAGUGUUGUGCGGAGGGCGUCCUGAGGAUCUCGCAUCGAGCUUUUCUUCCACAGUUACCCCUUUUGAGCGAACGCAGAGAAGAUGGCCAGCUGCACUUUUGUAAAUACAGACUGGAGAAAGCGUGAUGUCAGAGUGAUGUUGAUGUUGUAUUGCAACUUGGCUGCGCUGUUGGCUUGCCGCUCUUGUCCAGAGUUGAAGCCCCAUUCGGAGAAAGCCUUGAAUGGAGGAAUGGAAUGGCAUGGAAUACAACAGAAAGCCACAGUGCUGGACAUGGACUUUUCACACAUUCAGAGUCUAUAUGAUCUGCUGUAAUUUAAGAAAAAUAAAUUGAUACAAUCAUUGCUCUUUAUUUUAUUUUUAAAGGCUGAAAAAUACAAAAAGCUAAAUGGGGUUGUCCUGCUACAGCCGUCGAUGUAUAUAAAUGACAAAAUAAUUUCUGACCAUGCUCUGAUUUGGAAAUUUAAAGAGAUAGUCUAGAAUUGAUUCGCUCUUUUCUUUUCAUUUGCUAUUCUACAUGCUGUGCUCCCCAUGUAGGGCUGUGAAUUCUGGGAAAUGGUGACAGCUGUAAGCCCAAAUAAUAAGAGUAAAUUGUUGGGGAUGGAAUACAUAUGUAGAAUGUCUUAAGCAAUAAAGUUAUCAGAUGCAAUAUUUUAUUUAUCACAUUCCACUAAAUAAGCUUCAGGUUGACCCAGAUCUCAGUUCCAGUUACAGCCAUGUUGUUGUAUUCAAAGAAAAUGAUAUUUAAAACCUACCACUGUCCAAGCUGCAUUCACCCUCCUGUAUUACUAUUGCGCCAAAACCUGCUGAGGGAACUGGGACUGCAGCAACUGUACAACUGAACCGGGGUGCUGUCAGUGAGGAUUCCAACUUUACAGAGAUCAGAUUCGGUCAACACCAUUGAGCCUUCUGCUGCAGCAACCUGGAAAGAAACACAACAUGUUGAGGAUCACAUUCAUCAUUUCUUGGCUUCAGUGCAGGUCUAACGGGACACUAAAAUAGCCCUAUAUGAAAGAUGCCUAUCUUUUUCAGCACACUUAAUCAGUGACCUGGCCUUGCAAGGAAAAAAAGCCACUGCAUACUGUGAAAUUUGAGGGCCUUCCCCAAAAGCACAAACUUUGUUAAAAAAAAAAAAUAAAUAAUAACCAAUUUUUCUGCUUUCUACUUUUUCCUGUUAACUGGAUGCAUUUUGCUUGGCUGAGACUGUAGGUACUCUACUACUUUGGGAACCCUACAGCUGAAAAUUAUUGUUGCAGGGAGGAAUGUUUAAGCCAUUGCACUUAACAUAUUUCACAAGCUAAUUUUUACAUCCACUCAUCUGCAUUACUUUGCUGGAUGGAUGGUUCAUUAUAUCCUACUCAUAGUAAUGAUGAGGACCAUGCAAAUGUGAGAUAUUAUCCUUUAGUUAGCUAGCUAAUGCUAACAGAAACAGUAGACACUAGCAUGGUGCUGAAAGGGGCAGCAAUAUUCUAGAGUCUGAGAAGACAGUAGGCAGUGUCAUCAGUCCCUCAAUCCAUUAAGUGAAUAGAGAAUCAGUGCAACAGAAAUGGGGACGAAAAUGUGAAGGAAAUGUAUCUUCUAUACAUGUCUGUAAGCACUACAGCAGGGGCCACUCAUUUGUAGGAACAAGGGGUGCAUACGUGUUCAAAUGACUGCUCUGUGUGUAAUAAUUCAACUUAAAUGUAACAUCCAGGCGGUCUGGUCUCUGAAAUGUAGUUUUGCAAAUAUGUGGUGCAUAAGCUACCCGUUUAGAGAAUGUUUAGCAGUUUGCGUAAAGCACAAGGAGCUGUCCGCUGUCGGUAAGGAAAAACAAAACCAUAUUGUGUCACACCUGUUUUGCUUACAUUUGCUGAUUCAGUUUUUUCUCCUAACACAGCCGGGUACGUUUUUUUUUUUUUUUUUUACCUUUUGGCGUUGAGACAAUGCGUAGGAGCUUUUUCUUCUCUGUGGUAUUUAACAUGUAAUGACUUACAGUACUUUAAAUACUAGAGACCAUAUGCAAUAGAGAGCAUGUUUUUGAAAAGACUCCUUUCAUAUAGGUUUCUCUUUAAUAGGUUUUGAGCUCUUGAAUUUCCUCUGAACCAGGGCCAUGUUCGAUUUCUGUACUCAGCUUAAGGGUGUAUAUUUUGAAAUUGGAAUAACUGUAGACUAACUUCCAGUUCACAGGGUUGUCACAAGAUCAAAUGCAUUGAAGAUUUAAAGAAAUGGGCAUUCUAUAAAUAUUAUCUUUGGUUCAGUUAUAAGUACAUACUUUUGCUAUGUUGCCGUUUUCCUAUUAGAGCUGUGAAGCUGAUCUGGUUUACCACUGGAGAACUAAGCUGAGCUUUGUGCGACUCCAAAUGGUUUUGGUAAAAACUGACUGAUACAAAACAACUGCAAACCAUUGCUCCCUUUAGCAAGGUCAUUUCUCUAAACUGAAGGGUUAAAUCAAUUUCACUGUUGGUCUGGCAUGAAGAUACACAUCUGGGUGUGGACCAUGCAUGUCCAGUGUGUCAAGGUCAGAGUCAACCUAUCAUAGAUGUCCAAGACAACGGAACUUACACUAACUGUAAAGACUGAAUUUGACACCCUGAUCUUGGCCACAUUAUACAGAUGUACAGAUGUAUUUUGCCAAUAGCUGACUUCCAGACCUCCCUCUCCCUAAAGGGGAAUCUAUCUCUAGACUUGCUUUGCUAUCCUUUCCUUCUGAGCUCUGAUGUAAUGGAAUUACAGUCAACAGCUGGUUAAAAAUUCAUGAGUCUCAUUUCUUAUUAAAAUUGACGAACAAUUCCAUUGUGAGGUACGGCACAGCGGAUGACACAUUUUAGAUUUUGUUUUUUCUUUUUCAAAUCGCUGUAUAAAGAUUCAGUGU